AUGGCAUCGCUCAAGCACGACGAUAAUGGCGACCCAGAAUCCCUUUCUUCUUCUUCAGACAUAACUCCAGAGUCUGCAGCGCAAUCGCUUCCUCCGAGGCGGCAAUCUAGCAUUCGAUUUUCUGAGAGUACCAAGUCACAUUCUCAAACGCCCAUGUCAUCCUAUCGUCGAAACCCCAGCGAGUCGGACGAGAUCACUCCCAUUCGAACGGCGAACGGACAGUCGGAUCGACGGUAUAACACUACCGACGAAGGGACUCCCCAAAGCACCCUAGGUUCUUCAACCCUCGGCUCCUCCACCCUUGCAGGCACCGGGCAGGAGGACGAUCAAGAUGAUGGGCAGAAAGACUCCAAACAUUCCUGGGCACCACAGUGGUUGAAGAAAAUCCCUGAAAAAUAUGGCUCGGUCACAUUGGAGAAUAAAGGAUCUGUGGCCCGGGACCAUCUUGCUCUAGAGAGAACCUUCCUCGCCUGGCUGAGGACUAGCCUAGCCUUUGCGAGCAUCGGCAUUGCCAUUACCCAGCUCUUUCGCCUCAACACCACGAUCCAGAGUCGCAGUGAGUCUCUCAGCAUACGACAAACGAUACCCCUUUCGCCCCUUGUUGGGCACUCCAUGCCAGCCGAGCUACUGCCAUUUCUCCAACAGUUGGCAGCAUCAGUUGCUGAAACGCCACCGUCGAAUCCGACCCUCGGUCCUACCCUCCUAGACCAACUACUUCUCCUUCCGCCACGCGGUCUAGGCAACGCUGAUACUGCCAAUGACCAUUCGAGCGAAAAUGGCGCGGAGACCGUCGCAUCAAAUAACAUUGCUGCCACGAAACUGCGCCAUGUCGGAAAGCCGCUUGGAGCCACAUUUAUUGCCAUAUCGAUUGUGAUCCUGUUUAUCGGCUUCCAUCGCUACUUCGAAGCCCAGCACUGGAUCAUUCGCGGCAAAUUUCCAGCAAGCCGAGGAAGCAUCUUUGCUGUGUCUUUUAUCACGGGUUCCCUCAUCAUUGCGAGUUUUGUCGUGGUGCUCGCGAUCUCAUCGACAAGUUAUGAGAAAAAGUAG